UGCAGACCUCAGUGCUACGAGUACCCCACCUGCCCGGAUGCUGUGAAAGGCAAGUCCUCCCGAGCGUGCUCUCCUAGGGAGGAGGUUGCCUACGUGACCUGUACCUACAGGGAAACGUGCAUCGACCAACCUGACUUCCUUGCCACUGUGGAUCUCAACCCCAGGUCUCCGUAUUACGGCCAGGUGAUCCACCGCCUGCCCAUGCCCAACCUCAAAGACGAGCUGCAUUCCUCGGGGUGGAGCACUGGCUGCACCUGCUUUGACAAUGUCACCACACAAAGGACCAAGCUGAUUCUUCCCUCUUUGAUUUCCUCCCGCAUCUACGUGGUGGAUGUGGGUUCCCAGUGCCGGGCUCCCAGGCUGUAUAAGACGAUUGAGCCAGUGGAUGUCUUCUGGAAGUGCAACAAGGGGUACCUGAACGUGCCUCGCAGCCUGCCGAACGGUGACAUUCUGAUUGCCAACACGGGAGAUCCGUCUGGCAACGCCAAAGGUGGAUUUAUCGUGCUGGAUGGAGAGACCUUUGAGCUGAAGGGGAACUGGGAAAACGAGUGCGAGGUCCCCCCGAGCGGAUACGACUUCUGGUACCAACCACGCCACAAUGUUCUGAUCAGCUCUGCUGGGGUGGUCCCCAAACGUGCAGGAUGGGGCUUUAAUCCCGACGACUUGAAGAAAGGGGUCUAUGGACGCCGCCUGAACGUGUGGAACUUGUCCUGCCGCACCCUCACACAGUGCUUUGACCUGGGGGAGGACUCUCUGCCCCUGAGUGUUAAGUUCCUGCACAACCCCGAUGCUGCCGAGGGAUACGUCAGCUGUGCCCUGAGCGGCGUCAUCUACCGCUUCUACAAGUGCGAGAGAGACAACUGGGCAGUGGAGGAGGUGAUCCGGAUUCCAGCCAAGAAAGUGACAGGAUGGAUUUUGCCAGAGAUGCCAGCCUUCACAGUCGACCUUGUCAUCUCGCCGGAUGACAAGUACCUGUAUCUCAGCAACUGGCUGCACGGAGACAUCCGCCAGUACGAGCUCUCCAGGAACUGCAAGCCCAGGCUGGUGGGACAGGUCUUUGUGGGUGGCAGCAUCCUCAGAGGUGGACCCGUGGCUGUGUGCAGAGAUGAAGAGCUGAAGUGCCAGCCCGAGCCCUUGGUGGUCAAGUGCAAGAGAGUGUACGGCGGCCCGAGCAGACUGCAGCUCAGCUUGGAUGGCAAGAGGCUGUAUGUCACCAACUCCUUCUACAGCACAUGGGACAAGCAGUUCUACCCGAACCUGGUCAAGGAAGGCUCUGUCCUGCUGCAGAUUGAUGUGGACACUGAGAAGGGAGGCCUGACCGUGAACAAGAACUUCCUGGUGGAUUUUGGAAAGGAACCCAAUGGGCCCUGCCUUGCCCAUGACAUCCACUUCCCUUCUGGAGAUGCCACCUCCAACAUCGUGGCCUAG